GCCAUGCCGUCGUCACCACUGCGGGUGGCAGUGGUGUGCUCGAGUAACCAGAACCGGAGCAUGGAGACACACAACAUCCUCAGCAAACGAGGAUUCAGUGUGCGAUCCUUCGGGACAGGGACCCACGUGAAGCUCUCAGGACCAGCCCCAGACAAGCCGAAUGUCUACGAUUUCAAAACCACAUACGAUCAGAUGUACAAUGUUCUUCUUAGGAAAGACAAAGAACUAUACACACAGAAUGGCAUCUUACAUAUGUUGGACAGAAAUAAGAGACUCAAGCCCCAGCCAGAAAGGUUCCAGAACUGCAAAGACCUAUUUGAUUUGAUCCUCACCUGUGAGGAGCGAGUCUAUGACCAAGUGGUGGAAGAUCUGAAUUCCCAGGAGGAGCAGGAGACCUGCCAGCCAGUGCAUGUUAUCAACGUGGACAUCCAGGACAACCACGUGGAGGCCACCCUGGGGGCCUUCCUCAUCUGUGAGCUGUGUCAGUAUAUCCAGCACACAAAGGACAUGGAGAACGAGAUUGACGAGUUGCUGCAGAAGUCUGGGGAGAAGAGUGGCCAGGCCUUCCUGCACACUGUCUACUUCUACUGA